CGUUCUCCUUCCUCGUCUCCUCGCCCUCCCCCUCGUCCCUCCUUUCCUCGUCACCUCUGAGCCCACCAUGGUCAAGCUUUCGCUCGCCGUCUUUCUCGCCGCGCUCCUGAGCGUCGCCGUCGCUGGCGCCGUACCCGCCGACGCUCGCGAGGCCCGCAUCAUCAAGGUUCGCGCCCUUCGCGACGCCGCCGAGCAGGCCAACCUCACCAAGCGCCAGGGCAACUCUGCGUUCGGCCACUCGCAAGGCAACGGUCGCGGCAAGGGCAAGGGCAAGGGCAAGGGCAAGGGCAACAACGGCAAGGGUCACGGUCACGGUAACGGGCCCGACCUCGACUUUGACCCGAAGAACUGCGGCAGGCCCUUCUUCGAGUGCCCGGCCUCGUACAACGGCGUCGGCACGCCGCACUGCGACUACGGCCACUGCAAGCUCCGCUGCCCUCCCGGCUGGAACCAGUUCCUGUCGCACCACCCCGAGCUGCCCAACUUCUGCGCCCCGGCCUAACGGCGUACGCCCUCGCACCGCCGACAAACUCUCGCUCGCCCUCUUGCCUUUCCGCCUCUCGUACAUGGUUUUGCCUUCACUUUGCGUUCGUCGCCUCUCAUCCUCGGCUCCUCGUCUCGUUCGACCUUUCCCACAACCUCUAGAGAUCUAUGUAGAUGCGCUGGGCGCACUUCUGCUGCGACGCGCUUGCCGUUCCUUUCGUUGCGCCCU